UCGAAUUUUGUGUGUUUUGCAAACUUGUUGCAACUUGUUUGACUUGAAUUAUUUUUGUAAUUCGAAAAAGUUCUAUUUAUUUUUAUAGUUAACACGUUUGUGUGUUUUAUUUAAGGUUUUAUUUAUACUGAAACAACAAAACAUUAAUAAUAUAACGCUGACAAGAAUUGUUUUCUUACAAUUCGACAUGCCAAAUUGUAGUUAACAUUGAUAGGUAGUUAUUUAUUUUGAAUUUGCAUUCUUCGAAUAAAUUGUGUUCUAAUUUAUCAAUAAAAAUGAAUAAAGAAAAUAGCAGAAGCGCAGCAGGCCUGCGCCGCUCAGCAAUAGCAGAGAGAAUCCGCCUGAGAGAAGAAUGGUCAGCCUUGAAAGAAGUAGACACUGCAACUACUUCUAAUGCUGAGAGGGCUCUGAGGAAGAAACCUGGUAACCCUCGAUGUACUCCUGGUACUUCUAGCAAGAAGCAAACAACUAGUAGUAGUCAGAAAAAGGAGCCAACAAAACCAAUGCUAGGUUCAAACAACGCUCUCCGAGGAGUCGUGGCUAUGGUAGAUGUAGGCGCGGAGAGCAAGGCUUUGCCCCUGCGCUGUGCACUGGCAGCUCUGGGCGCCACCGUGCUGAGCGACUGGAGCCCACUGGUCACACAUCUUGUGUGGACUGAUAGUGGUUGUAGAGCAACUCGAGCUAAAGCCCGUGCUCUGGCCUGCAAGCUAGUGUCCCCACUGUGGGUGGAGGCCUGUGCAGCCUCUAACAAGAAGCUCAGUGAGAGAACCUUCCCGGCUGCCUCCAGGCAAUCUGAUCUGCCUUCACCGAGGACUUUGAGACAGUUGCUGAAACGAGCAGAAAUGGAAAACGUACCACUAGUAGACCUACUAUCCGACAAGGAAGAUGACAAAGACAGGCCCAAACUGAGGAUAUCUUCCGACACCAGCACUGAUAAGACCACUGAUACUUCCGGAGACACUGUUGAGCUAGAAUCUCGUGUGAACACAGCGCCCCGACGUCCGCUAGAGGAGCCGUCAGUGCGCGAGCCGCCCAAGUCCAGACGCAAACUGUUCACGCAUAAAGAGGCUGAGGAUUUGACUACUGAUGAUGAAUCUGAUAAAGAAACAACAACUAAAAACAAACUUCACCAAAGCAAACUAACACAGCGCGAGAAAAGGGACCUAGCCCGCGCUGAGCGCAUGGCCAAGAAGCUGCUCGCCUCCUGCCAUCCACAGCGGAACAACAAUAAUAAUGUACACAUACACGCUACACAGGAACAUUUGAAGCCUAAAAUUGUGCUAACCGGCAUGACCCGUCCCGAACGUCAGGCUAUAACAAAGUGUAUACAACAACUGGGCGGCGUCAUACAGAAGAGCGUGAACAAACGUACGACGCACGUGUUACUGGGCUCCUGUACCAACGUUACCGCCUGUACUAACCAUGCUUCUAAUGUUACUGGUAUAACAUCCCACUGCGACCUAAGCAAGUCAACAUGUUGGACCGACGCCACCGACAAGCGAGCUCGAACAUGCAACGCCCUGCUCGGCGCAGCUCGGGGCUGCAGAGUGUUGCACGCGAGGUGGGCGGUGCGGGCUGCCGGGGAGGGGAGGUGGCUGCAUCAUGUCGGCUUUGAGGUACAGCAUCUGAGGAAGAUCUGUCAGAAAGCCCGCGUCGAACGCAACGCCCUCGGCCGACAACGUUCAGAAUACGCGUACGAUAUCUUCAACGGAAUGCGAGUACAUUUGAAACCAAACGCCGACCAAAAGGACGCCGCUAUGCAACUACUAACAUUAUGUGGCGCUUCUGUCAAUACUAUAGGACCAAAUAACACACAAAACAUUGGUCCUAACAUACGAACACAAAUUGGUCCUAACACCCAAACAAAAAUUGGUCCUGAUUUCCGAACACAAGUUGGUCCUAACAUCCGAACACAAAUUGGUCCUAAAAUCAGAACACAAGUUGGUCCUAACAUUCAAACACAGGUUGGUCCUAACAUCCGAACACAAAUUGGUCCUAACAUCAGAACACAAGUUGGUCCUAACAUUCAAACACAGGUUGGUCCUAACAUCCGAACACAAAUUGGUCCUAAUGAUAAUAGUCUAUAUGAUGUGGUAGUGGGUUCGGGUUUGGGUGAAGUAAAUUCUAAGUGGGUUUUUGAUAGCGUGGCUGCGGGUAGAAUGAGGACUACUAGAAGAUAUGUUAAUUUGAAUAGUUUUGUUGGUGAUAAUGAUGAUGAUAGGUGAUAGGAUGUUGUAUUGUGAUGAAAAGGCUUUUCGAUUUGUUAGUACUAUCAACCUAUGGCAUGUAUGACCCACUCGAAAAUUGUUAAGACAAUAAAGGCUUCUUUCUCCUUGUUGUAUUUGGUUGUCUUUUCGGACAUUUUCAGAAAGUGGGUAAUGUACAUAGGUUUAUGUCCAUUUAAGUAAGCUAAAGCUAAACAUUCUUGUAGGAUUUUUUACACAGUUACAUAUUAAAUACACAACUGUUUGAAAUAAUGAUUCAAUUGAUGAAGAAAUUGUUGUAUUUACAUUGAUUUUUAGUUCUUAAUUCGAGUGUGAUUUUAAGAUUGGUUAUUUUAAGUGCCUACUAAAAUGGAGUUACUGAGCGCAACGAUCAAAAUUUAUCUUUAAAACACUAUUUAUUUAUGUAUCAUUGAUAUUAUAAACUACUGAACCAGUAUUAAUAAGGUUCUAGUUAUACAAGCAACUGCUACUGGUAGCCUUUAUAUGACGUUGGAUAAGUACAAUCCAAAACUUCUCUAUUUACUUUUUGUAAACUGAUGCAUCUAUUUAUUUAUUUAUUAUGUAGAUUAAAAUGAGAAAAUUGAAUCUCACAGGAUACCCAUUUAUUUAUUUGUGUAAAAAGUAAGCAUUCAUGUAUUGAAGAGAACUGAAAAUAUUUAUUAAUUUUUUUUUUCUGUUUACACGUUUUUUUUAGAAAUAAAUCAUGUUUCCUACAUUA